UAGAGCCAAAGUAACAAUUAGGGGAUUCGCUAACAUUAGUGCAGAUCAGGGUCAUUGUGUGUUGCCAUGGCAAUUGUGGGACUAGUGUUAAGGUACAAAUGUUAAUGUUGUACACGGAGAAACAAACUGCGUAGAUGGCAUUUUAAUAUUUGUUUAAGCUAACUACAGGGGUUACAAAGGUUCAGCCUAACGUUAGAUUUCGACACAGGGCCGUCGUAUGUCCCUGCGGGAAGUGGUGACAGAAAGCUCGCGCUAACUCGCUGCUGGUGGAGGGAAACCGAGCGGGCCACGCACACAAAACCCAACGGCAGCUAACGUUAACGUACAGCUCAGUCGACGUAACGUAAAUUGCAGAUGCUUUCAAGCUGGUCGUAACUGGAGCGUUAAUGUUAGCUGCUGUUGACUUUGUUGUGAAUUCCAACAAGCAGCAAGUGGAAGGCAUGGCAACUGGAGGCGCACCUUUUGAUGACAGUGGAGAAGAGCUGCACAACUGGACUGUAGCCAAUGGCAGUCUGGAGGAUAGACUCAACAACAUGGACUGGGGUGUACAGCAGAAGAAAGCCAACCGAUCCUCAGAGAAGAACAAGAAGAAGCUGUCAUCUGUGGUGGCGGAGAGCCGCCUGACUAAUGACAUUUCACCAGAGUCCACCCCUGGGGCUGGUCGCAGGAGAGCACGUACUCCUCAUUCUUUUCCACACAUCAAAUACUCCACUCAAAUGUCUGUUCCAGACCAGGCUGAGCUAGAUAAACUGCGUCAGAGGAUCAAUUUCACUGACCUGGAUGAGAGGAGCAUUGGCAGUGACUCCCAGGGGCGUGUCACAGCCGCCAACAACCAGCGCCAAUUAGCUGGAGAGAGCAAGAAACCCUACAACUUCCUACCUCUGCAUGUAAACACUAAUAAAAGCAAGGAGCUGCUCCCUCCUUCCUCCUCUGCCCCAACUACCCCAGCCAUCACCAAGGAAACCAAGAAACUGAGCCCAGGACUUAAGGAUGCCUUAACCUCUGUGGGUUCUGCUAAGGAAACUCCAAGGCUUAGUCAUGGUGGCACCGAGAGAGGAACCUUGGUGCACAGAGAAUACGAAAGAGGAGAGACAAGAAUAGACAGCAGCCAGGUAGUGAGCAAACUGGUACAGAUCCGGGAGUACAUCAGUAAGGCCAGCUCCAUGCGAGAUGACCUGGUGGAGAAGAAUGAUGUUCCAGCCAACGUGGAGCGUCUUUCUCAUCUCAUCGACCACCUCAAGGAGCAGGAGAAAACCUAUUUACGGCUUCUGCAGAAAAUGCUGGCGCAGGAGAAUGAGGAUGAUGAUGUGGGGACACUGGAUUCUGCAAUGGGCUCAGUUUCACUGGCAGAGAGCACUUCUCUUAACAUUGAGGUUCGCUCCUCAGAUACAUCACAUGCAAUGAGCGGUAGGCCAGAGGCUGUGCGGGCUGACCAGAAGGAAGAGUUGGAGAAUCUGCGUAAGCAGCACGAGCUGCUAAAGAAGAUGCUGGAGCAGCAGGAGCAGCUCAGGGCCCUGCAGGGCCAACAGGAGGCACUAAUGGCCAUGCAACAUAGUGCAGAACAGGCACUUGCUGUGAUUGAAGACAAUGUAGUUGUCACAGAAACCACAGGCAGCGUGUCAGGCCUGAGCAUCACAUCAGAACUGAAUGAUGAGUUGAAUGAUUUGAUCCAGCGCUUUCACAACCAGCUGCAUGACUCUCAGACCAAAGCAGUGCCUGACAACCGUCGUCAGGCAGAGAGUCUUUCCCUCUCCAGAGAGGUGGGCUGGUCUAGAGCUCACCAGCCUGUUGGUCCACCUCAGCACAGGCCUCUCCUUCACUCUGCCUCUGGUCCUCACACUGGGCUAGACACUGGAGCAACAGCUGCCAGUGUCAAACUCACCAAGCUCCAAGAACUCCAUGACAAAAAGCAAACCAUGGACAAGAUACUGCAGGAGCUGCAUUCACUCAGAGACCAGACUCUCAAUAAUAAUGCAUCUCGUGGCUUGUCAACACAGUGCAGUCUGAGUAUGGGUGGAUCUUCAGAUUGUCCAUCUGCUUUUUGCUCUAAUGGUGCCUCAGUUUCCACUUCUUUUCGUCCUUCAGUCACCCAACAUCAAGAUAGCUCCAACACCCCAGACAGACUCAGGAAGCUAAAGGAGGUCCACAAGCGGUUGAAUGAACUGCGAGAACUGGUUCAGUACUAUGAGCAGACUUCUGAUAUGAUGGUGGAUGCAGUCAAUGAGAAUGUGAAAGAUGAGGAGGAAGAAGAAGAGGAGGAGGAAGAUGAGACAGAGAAUAGUUCUAUGUUUGACUCUGAGCAGGAGAACCGCCAGCCUGUAACUAAUAUCAGAAACCCACAACGCAGUGGAAACUGGACAGACUUGAACAGCCUGACCAACGGGCGCAGUGUCAGGAGUAGCACCACUAACAACCGGGAUGGCAGACUCAACACUGAAUGCGAGAUAAACAACCGGUCAGCAGCCAACCUUCGCAGCCUCAACAUUCCCUCAGCCAUAGAAUGCCAGUACAACAGGGACACACCAUAUAAUCAGAUGAAAGAUGAGGAUGAAGAUGAGGGCUGUAUUGAUAAUGAAGAACGGGCUCAUGCUGUGGCUCCAGACAGUGAGGCAUCGGGGUCUAGUCGCAGGAGCAGUCUGGGGAACGAUGGAAGUUUUGCCCGGACAGGUCAUCGACAGACAGCAAAGCAGAAACUACGUCAGCUGCAGGAACUAGCAGCCAUGGUUCAGAGUGACGACACAGAUGGCACAACAGUUAAUGAAGAUGAAGCUUUACACCAACAGCCAAAUAAUACCAGAGCUACUGCAGCUAGGUCAUUGGGAGCUGGAUCUAAACAGAAUCCCAGAGACCUUGCUCUUUCCAGCAAGGCCAGAGAGAAGCUGUAUGAGGAGAAGCUUCUACAGCAGAAGCAGGAGCUGAAGCAGCUCCGUGAAGAGCGCCAGAGGCUCAUUGAAAUCCAAGGCAAGAUCCAGGACCUCCAGUGGGCUUGCCCCGACCUCCAGUCAUCUGUGUCCAGUAUGGCGAGUCAGCAGGGUUUGCUGAGGAAGGUCCCAACAGCAGUUCCCACUGUGGCCGCUGUGCAAGUUUCUUCAUCCUCUGGACCAAAAACCAACUCAGCUGUGCUCAAAGCCACUGCUCCGGAAGCAGCUACGUCUUCAGUCACUGACAAUGAGCAGCUUUGGUCAGAGAUGCGCCGCCACCAGAUCCUGCGAGAAGAACUACGCCAACGUAGGAAGCACUUGGAGUCCUUGAUGGCUGAACAUCAGAGGCGUAAUGGUCUCACUGACUCUCGCCACUUGCUUGAGGACCACGAUGGCCUUGCUACACCCUCACAACCUGUCAGGAGGGAUGAAAGGACAACAGCUACCUGGUGUUCCAGUCCUUGCCACAUUGAUGACGAUGAUGAGGAUGAAUAUCACUCAGAGAUGGGUGCAGAGGUGGAAGAGGACCAGGAAGAAGAUGCUGAGAGCAGCUCAGAUGACAUUCACAUUUAUCCAUUGAGCAGAAACCAGUCCUCUUACAAUAACAGAAAUAAUCAUGGAAGCAACCUGAAGCCCCCACCAGCCUUCUCAGGUGAGGAUAGUGGGCAUCUUCAUAACAAGACCAAGGUUGAACAGCAGCAGCAACUGUCCAGAAGUUUGAACCAGUGUGCAAGCCAGCAUGGAGGUACACGCCGCCAAGAAAACCUGCGCUGGGCUUCAGAGCUCUCCUGUGCUGAGGGCUCACUUCACUGGGAAGAGCAGGUCAGCCAGCUGCAGAGACAGCUGGACUUCAGCACCAGCAUGUGUCAGACACUCCUUCAGGACCAGCAGACACUUUCAUACAUGUUGCAAACCCUGCUGACAGGUCAGUACAGCGUGUUACCCAACAACCUGUCAUCACCACAGGUCCACCUGAUCAUGCAUCAGCUCAACCAGUGUUACACCCAGCUGGCAUGGCAGCAGAACAAUGUACAAAGACUAAAGCAGGUUCUGAAUGACCUCCUUCGCCAGCAGCAACAGCUCUCCUCUUCAACAACAGGUUGGCAAACACAGAAGCAGAGUUUAUCCCAAGAAUCCAGUUCGGCUCCCUGCGCCUCUCCUGGUGUCUUCCUCCCUUUCACCUCUACUCUGCAUCCUUCAACCAACAUGUCGACUGCUGACUUGUCCCCAUUCCCUCCAAGCUUUAACUUGUAUCCACUGUUCCCUGCUGCCACGAGUGAGUUCCCUCAGGGUGCAGCAGGGCAGGCUGCUUCUGACCAUCAGAAGCAGAAGUUAGAUCCCAACACUUCUUUCAAAACGGAGUACAUGAGUUUCCCUCCUCCACUGCAGCGCUCUCCUCUUAACACCACUACAGAAAGAGAACCAGGCCCCUGGCUGAACACCUCCUAUGCAAACAACACAAUCAAGCAUCAUUUGUCUAAAAUGGAGCCCCAAGAGUUGCCAUCCUCCUCUCCUCUUACCAACCGCCACUCACGACCUCAAGACUUUGACCAGGCAUCACAAGAAAGUUUAAGCAGCAUGCCUAGUCCUGGUGAUCCCACCACCAUUACAAAGACUUUCAAGGCAGGACACAAGGCCUCUGCCCAAUCCAAUCUGGCCUCCCGAAGCAAGAUGCCCAAUUCUAAGAAUCGUCGCAGGAGGACCAAAGUACACAGACAUGAGAGUGACAGUGUUAGCAGCACUGCAGACUUUGCCCAGGAGAGGGCAGGCCCGUCUCGCCAGAAGGACCAGAAUCAGAGUCUGUUGGACAAGCUUACUCAAGAGAAACUAGAUGACAAAUCUAAGUUUGGGAAUAAAAGAAAUGAUCUUUCAUCUGCCUAUGCUUGGAGAACACCCUUCCUCUCUAACAGAAUUGCAUGCACAGAAGCACCAGAUGCAAGCAGUGACUUCUCACUGUUUGAGGCGCUGAGGGAGACCAUUUACUCUGAGGUGGCUACCUUGAUAUCUCAGAAUGAGUCCCGUCCCCAUUUUCUCAUUGAGCUCUUCCAUGAGCUGCAGCUGCUUAACACAGACUAUUUACGGCAGAGGGCACUGUAUUCCCUACAGGAUAUAGUGACCAGACACCUGGCAGAGAAGGGCGUGGCCGAGGACCAUUUGCUUCCACUUGGUCCUGCGGCCUGGGCUGCAGGCUCUCAGUCUGAGCUGACACCCAGUGAGAGUCUGGCCACCAGUGAUGCAGAGGUUGUAGAGAAGAAUUUGAGGUUCACACAAGACAUGAUGAAGAAGAGGCAUGAUGCUGACUCUGGGGACAAUGACAGCACCAUGUCAACCUCCUCCAACCUGGAACCAUUUGCUAAUGACGACCUGGGCAACACGGUGAUUCAUUUAGACAAAGCUCUGGCCAGGAUUAGGGAGUAUGAGCGCAUGAAGCUUAAAGCUGAAUUUAACCCCUGUAACGCCAGCACUGCAGGUGCAGGUGGCUGUGAAGUCUCAAAUGCUGAACGCCUUUCUGCUAAUGCUGGUGCACCAGUGGAAGGAGGUGCAGCUGCUGAUGUGCACUGUCCACAGAUUGACACCCAACAGUUGGACCGUCAGAUCAAAGCCAUCAUGACAGAAGUCAUUCCCUUCCUUAAGGAGAACAUGGAUGAAGUGUGCUCCCUCCAGCUGUUGACAUCUGUGCGGCGCUUGGUCCUUACUCUCACCCAACAGAAUGAUGAAAGUAAGGAAUUUGUCCGCUUCUUCCACAGACAGCUGGGAGGCAUCCUGCAGGACUCUCUCAGUAAAUUUGUGGGCCGUACUCUGAAGGACUGUGGGGAGGACCUUCUGGUGGAGAUCUCAGAGAUCCUCUUCAAUGAACUGGCCUUCUUCAAGCUCAUGCAGGAUUUGGACAACAAUAGCAGCAUCCCUUUGGCAGCCAAGCACAAAAACAAGAAGAGGGCAGAGCAGCCCAGUAAAGCAAAGCACAAUCUCAAGGAAAAUACAGCAACUGCUGGUGGUAAAUCAGCUUCUCCAGCCUGCUCAGAUGAAGACAAGGACCAAGUUGGGGCUGAGCUGGAAGGUGGUUCUACCCUCCAGGAGCUUUACCUGCAGACGGAAACAAAGAACAGCCAGAGCAGUGAAUCUUCAGAGGCCGAAGAUGAUGAUGAAAGGGAUGGACAGGGGAUGCCUCUUUCUAUCAGUCUUUCCAAAGCAGAGACUCAGCCCCUGACAAACUAUGGCAGUGGGGAGGAUGAGAAUGAGGAGGAGGAAAUAGAGGAGUUUGAGGCUGGACCUGUAGAUGUCCAAACCUCCUUACAGGUCUCUGUUGAUGGACAGAUGGAACAGGAGGGGACGACAGCCAGUGAACCCCAGGAGACACGACCUGAACCUAGGAGUUCAGAGAACGAUGAGGAAAUAAACAAUUCUGUUGGAACUAUGGAUUCAACAGUAGAGGAAUGCACCAUAGUGGAGCAGCAGAGUCCUGAGGAGGAGAGUAAAGCUGAGGCAGCAGCUGCUGCAACAGAAGAAGGCUCUGCAAUAUCUCACUGUCAGGAAGUCCCCAAGGAGUCGACCGCCACUAGCAGCCCCGACACUGACUCACCCAUCAUGCUCAAUGUCGAGGAGAUGGGCUCAGGGAACACCAGCCAGAAGUCUGAUGAGGAAGACUUUGUCAAGGUGGAUGACUUGCCAUUGCAGCUCACAGUCAUGUGUGAGGAGGAGCUUCAGAAGAGAAUAGUGGAGGAACAGCAGAAUAACAACUUAUCUGCAGAGAUCCUCAGUGGGAACACUGAAUCACUGACUGGUCUGGUGGGAAAUGCACAGGCGCUGAAGGAACCAGACACUGUUGCUGCCCAGCCUGUGUAGAAAAUUAUAACGAUGUUUCCAAACCUAUGAACACUAUGCUGAGAUGGUCAGUCUGUUCUGGAUGUAUGAUUCUUGAUCUGCUAGUUUAAAGGGAGCAACCGCUAAUAUUAGUUGCAAUUUAGCUAUGAUUCGCACAUAUGUACACACACACACACACACACCAGAUAAAAGUAAGCCUCUACACAUCAACACUUCAUUUUAUUCUUGAGAUGUUUGUGAUUUAUUUAUAACCUAGGAUGGGCAUCUUUCUGUGCUGCUGGUUACUGACAUGUUGAAUCUUUAUAGUAUUGAAACUCCUGUUUAGUUCUGCCUUAGCCCCUUUGUUCUGGGAUCAGUUUGACAUGAGUUCUGUUUUUUUUUAAUGUUUCAUUUGUCUUGGCCCUGCCUUCCUACGGUACGGCUUGUGCUCUUUGCACAUUGUUGCUACUUCUGAAGAGAUUACAGUGGGAUGCAGGUUUAGUUGUAGCCUGGCUGACGGUAGCUAACUGUUUCUCAGGCUUGAACAGUUUUUCCUUUAUAUCAAAGCUCAGAUUCAACUUUUAUCCCUUCAGGCAUCUUUAUAUGCUCUUUUGUUCUGGUAAUUGUUAGUUUCCAUAGAUUUUUUCAUGUAAUUAAAAUGUUGACUACACUAAUAAGUUUAAAAUAAAACUGAAAAGUGA